AUGGCAUCAUUCUUUUCUGACUUUGGUCUCAUGUGGUACUUGGAAGAGUUAAACAAGAAGGAAUUUAUGAAUUUUAAAGGAUUCCUCAAACAGGAGAUUUUACAAUUGGGGCUGAAACAGAUUUCUUGGCCAGAAGUGAGGAAGGCAUCUCGGGAAGAACUUGCCAACUUACUGUUGAAACAUUAUGAAGAGAAGCAAACCUGGGAUAUGACCUUCAAUAUUUUCCAGAAGCUCAACAGGAAGGAUCUCAUCGAGAGGGCAGAAAGUGAACUUGCUGGACACCCAAAGUUAUAUAGAGAUCAUUUGAAGACAAAGGUGACCCAUUAUGAUUUCAGAGCAUUCAACAUUAGUAUUCAGGAUUUCUUUAGGAAGAAAUUUACCAAGGAUGACAGUGAUUAUUUUGAGAACCUUCUCCUAUCACAGAGAACUGAAAUGAAGCCACACAUGGUAUUCAUGUAUGGUGUUGCUGGAAUUGGCAAGACACUGUUGUUGAAGAAGUUUAUGCUUGCCUGGUUAGAAGGUCAGGUGAUUCAGAAUAAAUUUUCCUACAUCUUCUACUUCUGCUGUCAAGAUUUGAAGCAGUUGAAGACAGCUAGCCUGGCUGAUCUGAUCUCCAGAGAGUGGCCCAGUCCCUCAGCUCCCAUAGAGGAGAUACUAUCACAACCUGAGAAACUCUUAUUUAUCAUUGACAGCUUGGAACGAAUGGAAUGUGAUUUGUUGGAACAGGAAUCUGAGCUGUGUGAUAACUGCAUGGAGAAGAAGCCAGUGAAUAUACUGAUAAGCAGUUUGCUCAGGAGAAAGAUUCUCCCUCAAUCCUCUAUCCUUAUCUCUGCUACCCCAGGUAAAUUUGAGAAAAUACAGGACAUGAUUGAGUGCACAGAUGUGAAAAUAAUAAAGGGAUUCAAGGAGAGGCAUAUUAAAACAUAUUUCCACAUCAUGAUCCAUGACAGAAACAAAGCCCAGGAAGCCUUCAGUUUGGUGAGAGAAAAUGAGCAGCUGUUCACUCUAUGUCAGGCUCCUGUGCUCUGCUGGAUGGUGAUUACUUGUCUUAAAAAUGAGAUAGAGAAGGGUAGAGACCCAGUCUCCAUUUGCCAACGUACCACCUCCCUGUAUACCACUCACAUCUUCAAUUUGUUCAUUCCCCAAAGUGCCCAAUAUCCAAGUAAGGAAAGCCAAGCUCAGCUUCAGAGCUUGUGUUCUCUGGCUGCUGAGGGUAUGUGGACUGACACAUUUAUGUUUAACGAGGAGGCUCUCAGAAGAAAUGGGAUCGUGGACUCUGACAUCCCCACACUGCUGGACAUUGGAAUGCUUGGAAAGAUCAGGGAAUCUGAAAACUUUUACAUAUUCCUCCACCCAUCUGUCCAAGAGGUCUGUGCUGCCAUAUUUUAUCUGCUAAAGAGCCAUGAUGACCACCCUAGUCAGGAUGUGAAAUGUAUAGAGACACUCAUGUUUAUGUUUCUAACGAAAGUCAAAGUACAGUGGGUUUUUUUGGGAUGUUUCAUCUUUGGUCUUUUACAUAAGUCAGAACUAGAAAAGCUAGAAGUGUUUUUUGGCUACCAUUUGUCCCAGAAAAUAAAGGAUAAGUUGUAUCAGUACCUGGAAACCAUAAGUGGCAAUGAAGACCUUCAAGAAGAAAUUGAUGGCAUGAAAUUUUUUUCUUGUCUGUUUGAGUUGGAUGAUGAAGCCUUCUUAGUACAAGCAAUGAACUGUAUGGAACAGAUUAGGUUUAUGGCUAAGGAUUAUUCUGAUAUUAUUAUUGCUGCCAACUGCUUAAAACACUGUUCUACACUGAAGAAACUAUCCUUUUCAACUGAAAAUGUCCUGAUUGAAGAACUAGAAAAAAGCUAUAUGGAAAAGGUACUUGACUGUUGGAAUCAUAUGUGCUCUGUGUUCAUAAGGAGUAAAGACAUCGAGGUACUCCAAAUAAAAGACACUAAUUUCAAAGAGAAAAUCUUUCAGGUCUUGUAUGAAUCUCUGAUGUACCCCAGCUUCACCCUUAAAGGACUUAUGAUAAAUAACGUGACCUUCUUUGAUGGUGAGCACAUGUUCUUUGAGUUGAUUCAGAACUGCAGUUUAGAGUACUUGAACCUCAGCCGUUCAUUCCUCUCCCCCAGGGAGGUGAAACAGUUGUGUGAAAUCUUAAUUCAGGCAGAGUGCAAGAUGGAAAAACUGGUGUAA